AUGUCCAAUAACAACAACAACACCAUGAACGAAGACAAGAACAAAGCAGCGCUGAGUGCGAAACAGCGAGGCAUCGACCAUUACGUCGCGGCGCGAUACCAGGAAGCCGAGCAAGCGUUUACGGAAGCCAUAUCCAUAGCGAAUAAAGAUGAUCCGAGUUUACACUUGUAUUACAGCAAUCGAUGCGCUUCGAGGAUGAAUUUGGAGAAAAUAGAAGAGGCGUUGGUGGAUGCGAAGAAAACGACGGAACUGAAACGAGAUUUCGCGAAAGGAUGGUCGCGGUUGGGACAAUGUUUGCACAGACUCGCAGCAUCGAGCGGCGGGGAUGUGAAAAAGUUGGAGGAGGCGAAGAGAGCUUUGGAGAAGUGUUUGAGUUUGGCGAGCGAGAACGAGGAGGCAAGAAGGACUUUGCGCGCGGUCGAGGAGAAGCUGACGCGAGAGAAGGAGAGGAGAAGAGCAGAGAGAGGAGGGAAUACUAGAAGUAAUAGCGACACUGCGAGUGAGAGUGGGGGUAUCCUCUCUCGCCUGGGAGAUUUCUUAGGCGCGGUCAGGUAUCAAUAUUCGUACGGGUUGUCGGAUAACGGAAGAAUUGCGGCGAACUGCGUCAUCGCGGCGUUUUUGUUCUUCAUCCUGAGACGAUGGAUUGGUUUAGGCGCCCGGAGCAUGGGGCGGAGCACGUAUGGAGAUCGAUUCGAUCACGAUUACGGUGAUUACAUCGACGAUAACGCGUUCACGUUUGGAACGUUUCUCUCUUGGAUGGUUUUGUACGUCGCCUAUAAGAACGGCGCGUCUCCGUUUACUUUGUACAUGUUGGCGAACAAUCUCGGUUUAAUUGGAAACGGGAGAGGGAGACGCGGCUACGGAGGUGGAUACGGCGGAUACGGAGGUGGUUACGGUGGUUACGGUCGGCGCAGAGGCAUGUUCUUCUAA